CCAUCUAAGAGAAGACCAAUUACAAUUGUACAUAAGCAAACUAAGCAGUGUUUGCUUACUAAGUGUUUUAAAAGUGCAUAAUAAUAUUUUUGCAUUAACAGAGAAACUGUUGAUGCAAUCAAGAUGUUUAAAAUACGUAAAGCUAAGGAUGAGGAGCCAACUGCUCCGGGGCAGGUGAAAAUUAGAAAAAAGUCAAAGGUUCCCGGAGUUAUGAUUACCCAGUAUGUGGAAGAACUACCUGAAGGAAUGAGCACACCAGAUUUCACUCGAAAACCCAUUGCUCUAACUAUUCAAGAAGGAAAAUCGGCUAUCUUCAGAGCAGUAAUUACUGGCAAACCAACACCAACUGUGACCUGGAUAAGAAAUGAUGGGGAAAUUGAUGAAGAAAGGUACAAAAUUGUCCAUGAAACAAGUUCUGGUGAAUACCAACUACAGAUACCUGAUGUAUCGGUGGAUCAAGCCGACACCUACAAGUGCUAUGCCAGAAAUGAAUACGGAAAAGCGAUUGUAACUGCUGCGCUUAAUGUUAUUGAGGUUGGUUAUAAAAAGAGCAGAGCCAUGCAACAAUCAAGAACAGCUGUCCGAGAGACACCUGAAGACUUCAAAAAGGCCUUAAAAAAUAAGGUUGAGAUUGAGCCAAAAGAAGACAAAAAAAAAGAAAUUGAUGACAAGUUUUGGGAACUGUUGUUGAGUGCAGACAAGAAAGAUUACGAGUCCAUCUGUGCUCAGUAUGGUGUCACUGAUUUUCGUGGGAUGCUGAAGAAACUAAAUGAGAAGAAGGUAGAAAGGGAGCAAGAGCAAGAAAGGGUUGUUGAGAGACUAUGCAACCUAAAGCCCAUUGAAAUGAAAGGUGACGGUGGUGCAGAGUUUGAACUUGAAAUGUCACUUAGAGACCCUACCAGCAAAAUCUUCUUAUUCAAGGAUGGAGUUAUGAUUCCUUUUGAAGCCGACACAGAUGUAAAACAUGGACUGAAGCAAGUGGGAAAGAAGUUUGUGUUUAGCAUCAAUGGUGUUGACCCUGAGGACGCAGGUUUAUACCAAGUGGAGGUCGAUGGAGUUAAGAUCUUCUCUACUGACCUCAAACUUCCCCCUGUAGACUUCUUGGUCAAGAUUCAAGAUGUGAAAGCAGAGGAAAGAGAGGAUGCUGUGUUUGAGUGUCUCGUCUCACAACCCCUGAAAAAGAUAACUUGGAAGGGAAAGAAUGUUAACCUGGAGCAAGGGGAAAAAUUUGACAUCACUGUAUCAGAAGACAUGCUGAUUCACACAUUGGUGGUGAAGGAUUGCAAACUAUUGGACAAAGGAAUUUAUGCAGCUGUGGCUGGAAUGACAUCAUGCAGUGCCUGGCUUAUAGUGGAAGCUGACAGUGAUCCAAACUCAGCCGGAAAGAAGAAAGCCCGCAAAACAACCAGAGCAGGUGGUGGUGGAGAAGAUCUUUUGAAGAUUGCUCAGGAGCAACAGGCUAAGAUACAGAAAGAGAGAGAUGAGUUGAUUGCAAAGGUAAGGGCAGAGGCGGAAGCAGCAGCUGCAGCAGCAGCCGCCGAAGCAGCUGCAAAGGCAGAAGCCGAAGCUAAAGCAAAAGCAGAAGCAGAAGCCAAAGCCAAAGCUAAAGCUAAAGAAAAGCCAAAGGCAAAGGCAAAGGUAAAGAAGGAGGCAAAGGUAGAAGCGGGAGAAGGUGCUGUUGUAGAGGAGGAACAGGAAGAAGAUGAUGAUGUACAGGAAGAAGUGUCUGAAACAACUGAAUCUACAUCAUCAGAACCCAAGCAGGAGGGUGCUGCCCAAGCUGCUGAUACAGAAGAAGAGGACGUUGUUCAAGAGAAAAGAAAGCGAGUGAGAACAGGCCCACUUGUCCCUGAUACAGUCAUUGACCCAGGAGUAUACUUUACCAGUGCAAUGUCAGAUGUAACUGCCAUCAUUGGUACUGAUGCAGAACUGGUCUGCACGCUGAGCAGUGAGGACUGUGAGGGAGUCUGGUACAAAGAUGGGAAAGAGAUAACAGCUACAGAUGACAUCUGUAUUGUUAAAGAUGGGACCUAUCGCAAACUAAUUAUCAAAAACUGCAAAGAAGAUGAUGCUGGAAAGUAUCGAUGUGAAGCUGAUGGGCGUAAAACAGAAGCUGUGCUAAAUGUUGAAGAUCCUCCAAGACUGAACACCGAUGACCUUGCUGAGUUCAUAAAACCUGUUAUAAUCAAAUCUGGCAAAGAUGCAGCUUUCAGGCUGACCUUUGUUGGCCGGGAACCCAUGAAGAUCCAGUGGUACAAUGAGGGCGAAGAGCUGCUGGAGGACACCCAUAUCAAGAUCGAGAAGUCUACCUCACACAGCCGCCUGCUGCUAACCAAGUGCCAUCGCAAAGUCUCAGGAGAAAUUAAAAUUAGGAUUAAAAAUGAAUGCGGAACAACUGAGGCCAUUUCACAGCUCGUUGUCUUAGAUAAACCAACACCACCCCUAGGCCCUGUGGAUAUCAUUGAAAGUUCAGCAAAUUGCAUUGAGUUCAAAUGGAAGCCUCCCAAGGACAAUGGAGGUUCCCCUAUCACAGACUACAUCCUGGAGCGCCAGCAAAUUGGCCGAAACAGCUGGAAGAAGCUAGGCAAGAUUGGCCCAGAGCCAAAAUACAAGGAUGUUGAUGUGGACCAUGGCAGAAAGUACUGCUACCACAUCAGAGUGGAAACUGAUCAAGGCAUCAGUGAAAUGAUAGAGACCGAUGACAUUCAGGCUGGGACAAAGGCAUACCCUGGACCUCCUUCAACCCCCAAAAUUGUUAGUGCUUUCAAGGACUGUAUCAAUCUUGCUUGGUCUGCACCAACUAAUACUGGAGGAACCAACCUUUUUGGAUACAAUGUAGAGAAACGCAAACAUGGCAGUAACCUGUGGAGCUUUGUCAACCCACUGGAUCAGCCCAUUAAAGAGAAAACGUAUGCAGUGAAGGAUGUUGUUGAAGGCUUUGAGUAUGAGUUCCGUGUAUCAGCUAUCAACAUUUCUGGGGCUGGCGAGCCAAGUACACCUUCUGAAUUUGUGAUUGCAAGAGAUCCAAAGAAGCCUCCUGGUAAAGUUAUUGACCUGAAGGUGACAGAUUCCACAUACAGCACCUUAUCGCUGGGCUGGAGCAAACCCAUAGAGGAGGAAGGGGUUCAAGAUGAGUCCAAAGGAUACUUUGUGGAGAUCAGACCAGCAGAAAACCCAGAAUGGGGUCGCUGUAACUCCAGUUCAAUCAUUAUGAAUUCCUAUACUAUUAUGGGUCUGAAGUCUAUGGCCAUGUACUGGGUAAGAGUUAUAGCCACCAAUGAGGGCGGAGACGGUGAGCCUCGUGAGUUGGAUAACUACAUCAUUGCAAUGCCUCCUCCAGUGAGACCUCAAUUCACUGACAGAAAAAUUAAGAACUUCAUCGUAAUGAAAGCUGGAAACUCUGCUCGUAUAAACUUCAACUUUCAGGCCUCCCCAAUACCAAAUAUUAAAUGGCUCAAAGAUGGUCAUGCUGUAGCCAAGCAUGUGACAGUGAGCAACACAGACACAUCAUCGCAGCUAAUGAUCCCCUCUUCAGAGCGCCAUGACACUGGGAUCUACACAAUCAUUGUCAAGAACCUUGUUGGACAGGAGACCUCUAGUGUUGAGAUAAGAGUCACAGAUGACCCCAAGCCUCCAGGCCCUGUGGAGCUGGAGGAGAAUGUGUUGGGAACAGUGACAGUCUGCUGGACUCCCUCUCCGGAUGAGAAGAAAGAUGACAGGCUGCACUACAUGAUUACCAAGCGUGAUUCUGUUAAGCGUAGUUGGCAAACUGUGGCGGACCGUGUCUUCAAUAAUAAGUUCACUGUCGUCAAUAUCAUGCCGGGAAGGCAGUAUCAGUUCCGGGUCUAUGCCAAGAAUGACAUGGGGAUUUCCAAACCCUCAGAUUCACCAACUUGGGAAGUGAAAAGAAGAAAAGAAACAUUUUCUUUGAACCUUCCUACCUCCAAGGACUGCAGCUUUGAGGCGCCUCCCUCAUUCUCUGUUCCACUAAAGAUGCACAACUGUCCAGAGAGCUAUGAGUGCUACAUGAGUUGUGCAGUGACAGGAAAUCCAAAACCUCAUGUUACCUGGUACAGAAAUAACGUCAGCCUCAACAGCAACAGUAACUACUACAUCACUAACACAUGUGGGGUCUGCUCCAUGGUGAUUCUCAAAGUUGGGCCCAAGGAUAGUGGGGAUUACUCUGUCAUUGCAGACAAUUCUCUGGGCAGAGUGGAGUGUUCAACUAAACUUGUUGUUAAAGAUUAAGAUGAUGCAGUGGGCCUAAACUCCUGAAGAGGAAUAAAGUGUGAAGGAUUUGCGAAUUUAAAACAAGCUGUUUCUGUGUUUUCUUUUGUGAAAUAAUGUAUUCAUGUGUUUAAAUAAACUGUAAAGAAGAAAAUAAUGGAUGAAAGAGGGUAACUGAGGGUUUUCAAGCACCAAUAACAAAUGUGACAAAUUUAAACUAGGUUCUGUGGUAUUUGAGCGCAAAUUCUACUCAAUUUAUCUACUGGAUGCAAAGAGCACUUUGACAAGGGAUAUCUGAGAUUCAACAUUAAUUAUAUCCUAAUCUUGCGCCCAAGCUAUUUUCCCCUGAGCUGUGAUCAUAGUUAAUUUCCUCUGCUGUUUUCUAAAUAAGACGGAAGUUAUCUAAAACUACCUGAUGGAAUAUCUUUGACUAUAACUAUGA